AUGUCCAAGACGUCCGGUUCGGCCGCGUCCGGCUCGUCGUCGUCGUCGUCGUCGCAGCAGCAAGUGUCCGGAGUCGCCGCUGUGCCAGCCGAGGACAAUUUCGACUUUCUAUUCAAAAUAGUGCUUAUCGGUGACUGUGGCACAGGCAAGACGUGCGUUGUUCAGCGGUUCAAGAGUGGCACAUAUGCCGAGAACCAGGGCAACACCAUCGGCGUCGACUUUUCUAUGAAGACCAUCAAGAUUGAUGGCAAGAAAGUCAAACUCCAGAUAUGGGACACGGCUGGCCACGAGAGGUUUCGAACGAUCACGCAGAGCUACUAUCGCUCAGCUAAUGGGGUCCUACUAGUGUACGACAUUACAAAACGUGCUACUUUCUUAAAUCUACAGAGAUGGGUCGAAGAAGUACGUCGGUAUACUUCGUCUAAUGUCUUGCUCGUGUUGAUUGGUAACAAAUGCGACCUGGAGGAGAACCGCCAGGUGGAGUUAUCUGAAGCAGAUGCAAUGUGCGAAUACUUUCCUGAACUAUUGUCUGUGCUAGAAACGUCAGCUAAGGAAAAUAAAAACAUUGAAGAAGCAUUUGUCACAAUUGCUUCUGAACUUAAGAGACGUCAUGACCAAAGUGCUCAUAUUGAAGAUGAACCCAAUCCUGUCAUCAACUUGAGUGAAGGCGAGAAUGUUCAAAAAUGUAAAGGCUGUACGUUGUUAUAA